CUUCACGCGCGAGCCGGCUGCGUGGACGCUCCACAGGCUCCUCCGAUUUCUGUGGUCCUCAGAGGCCCCAGGAGACCGGGUAAUGGCAGCAACUAGGCUCCUGCCGCGGCCGGCAAGACCCCAGGCUGAGGUGACCUUCGAGGAUGUGGCUGUGCUCCUCUCCCAGGAGGAGUGGAACCGCCUGGGCCCUGCUCAGAGGGGCCUCUACCGAAACGUGAUGAUGGAGACCUAUGGGAACGUGGUCUCGCUGGGACUUCCAGGAUCCAAGCCCGAAGUGAUCUGCCAGCUGGAGCGAGGGGAAGAGCCAUGGGUCCUGGACAGGAAGGGAGCUAAGAAAAGCCAGGGCCUGGGGAGUGGCCACUCAGACAACCUCAAAUGUGACCGAACUACAGCCUGCACGCAACAAGACAGUUUUUCUGAUCCAUGGGAAUAUGAAACCAAGGGAGAAAAGCAAAAUGCAGACUCGAGUCUGAAGCCAUUAAUUUCAGAGGAAAUAACAGUGAUUCUGGGGAAAACCCCCUUGGGGAGGAUCGAUCAAGAAAAUAAUGAAACAGAGCAAAACUUCUGUCUGAAUUCAAACCCUGCUUGCCACACUGAAGUUCAGGCCUUAAGCCAGACGGUGCCACUCACUCAGCAUCAGGCCGUUCCUAGUGGAGAGAGACCCUACAUGUGCAUCGAGUGUGGGAAGUGCUUUGGUCGGAGCUCCCAUCUCCUUCAGCAUCAGCGUAUCCACACUGGAGAGAAGCCCUACGUAUGCGGUGUAUGCGGGAAGGCAUUUAGCCAGAGCUCAGUCCUUAGUAAACACAGGAGAAUUCACACAGGCGAGAAGCCCUACGAGUGUAACGAGUGCGGAAAAGCCUUCAGAGUGAGCUCAGAUCUUGCUCAGCAUCACAAGAUACACACCGGAGAGAAACCUCACGAAUGUCUCGAGUGUCGGAAAGCCUUCACUCAGCUCUCUCAUCUCAUUCAGCACCAGCGGAUCCACACGGGAGAAAGGCCGUAUGUGUGUCCUUUGUGCGGGAAAGCCUUCAACCACAGCACUGUCCUGCGGAGCCACCAAAGGGUGCACACAGGGGAGAAGCCUCACGGGUGCACCGAGUGUGGGAAAACCUUCAGUGUGAAGAGGACGCUUCUGCAGCACCAGAGGGUCCACACCGGGGAGAAGCCCUAUGCGUGCAGCGAGUGUGGGAAGGCCUUCAGCGACCGCUCGGUGCUCAUCCAGCACCACAACGUGCACACCGGGGAGAAGCCCUACGAGUGCAGCGAGUGCGGGAAGACCUUCAGCCACCGCUCCACCCUGAUGAACCACGAGCGGAUCCACACGGAGGAGAAGCCCUAUGCGUGCUACGAGUGCGGGAAGGCCUUCGUUCAGCACUCACACCUGAUCCAGCACCAGAGGGUCCACACUGGGGAGAAGCCCUACGUGUGCGGCGAGUGCGGGCACGCCUUCAGCGCGCGCCGGUCUCUGAUCCAGCACGAGAGAAUCCACACGGGCGAGAAGCCCUUCCAGUGCACGGAGUGUGGCAAAGCUUUCAGCCUGAAAGCGACUCUGAUUGUGCACCUGAGGACCCACACGGGCGAGAAGCCCUACGAGUGCAACAGCUGUGGGAAGGCCUUCAGCCAGUACUCGGUGCUCAUCCAGCACCAGCGGAUCCACACGGGCGAGAAGCCCUACGAGUGCGGCGAGUGCGGGCGCGCCUUCAACCAGCACGGGCACCUGAUCCAGCACCAGAAAGUGCACAGGAAGCUGUGA